GGAAAGUCUUUCAGUAUGGCCAAGAGGCUCACCAAGUGGGCAGUCUCUUCUGUGAAUACGUAGACAACAAACUAUUCAACUUGUCGCUCCAUUCAAACAAAUUCCUACAAAUUAGAUUUUACUAUCUCUAAUCAUGCCAAUUAUAUGUAGUAUACAAUAUAUUAUAAAUAAAUAGAAGUACGUGUCUUAAAAUGUCAACAAACUUGACACUCAAUUCAUUGAAUGUAUAUCAUAUUAUUAUACAAAUAUAUUGAAUUAGUUUUAAUAAAUAAUUAAAGUAUAUUAAUUAAAAAAAAAACUAUAAUAAUAGAACAUUUUAAUUGGAGCGACUUAAUAAAUUAAAUAUUGUGACAAUAUUAAUUAGAACUGAAUUAAAAUUUCACCAAAUGAAAAACUUUGGACAUGUGUAAAAUAAAAAACAAACCGUGUUAAAAUAGUUCAGAAAAAUACUAUUAGAAAGUGAUUUUAUUUAAAAUUCAGUGAUGAAACCAAUGAAAGUUUUGAUUUUUGAAAUGUGAUAUAAAAAAGAAUGUUGAUGGAACGGAAAAUACCUCUAGCUAGGAAAAUAUGAGAAAAAAAAGUGCUUCAAAUAUAUAGUGAACAAAGUGCGCGGUGAAGAGAAGUAAAGCCAUGUAUAUAUAUAUCUAUAUAUGACUCAGAGAAAAAUGUAGAAUCAAGUUCUCUCAACGUGUGUAUAAUAAAAAUCGUGGAAUCUUUUUGUGUAUAAUAAAAAAAAGAAUUCGUAUUAUUUCCGGUGUGUGAUUUGCAUAAUUAUUUUUCGGUGUGUGAUCAUCUUUUUUUUGGAAUUAUCCUAUUUCCAUAAAUAAUUAUUAUUAUAUUUCUAUAAUAUGUAGAGAAAUUGAAAUAAUAAUAAAUAAUAUAUUAUCGACAGAAACUCAUUGCGGGAAUUUAUAUUUUCGCAUUAAAAUUUAAAAAACAAAAAAAAAAACUAGAAAAUGGUUAGUCAACACGCAAUGGCUACCACUGUUCGCAAAGUCAAACAGGGAAACAGAUUAAGGAAACUAAAUCAAAAUCAAGAUGAGGAGGAAUAUUAUAAGCCGGUGCCUCCACCAAAACCGGUGUCGAAUAAUCAGAAGAAUAAUCAAAACUUUCAUCAUCAGCAUCAACAUCAAACGAUAGUUGAAUCGUACCCACAGGUGACUUCCGGUCAAUCGGGGGAGGAUACGCUUGUUCGUAAUUCCGUACAAACUCCUGCCCCAGAAUACAGGAUGCCACCUUUAUAUGGCGAUGAGCAGAGUUCAAAUCAGGCUCAACAAGCAUCCAAUCUUCAGACGCAUAGUAGUAAAUUUCCGAUUGAACGUGAAGUUGUUCUUUCAUCAGGAGACAAGAACUCGAAAAUUCCAAUUCUUCACGAGUACAAGCAAAGAAGUGCCGGAAGGGCGGCAAUCGCACCGGAUGCACCAAUCAGCCAACAGGCUUGGGUUCAGGAGGGAAAUCAGAUGCAGGAACUGAGACAAGAAAGUCAGAGAAACUACCAAUCUCCAGAAACCUACUCUUCCACGGCUACAGGUGCUGUUCCUCGAACGACUAAAGUCGAUGAGGAAAAGACCAAGACCCUAUCAAAAACUUAUCACACCAUCAAGGAUAUGAUCUCAAGUCGAUUUGGUCCAAAUCGAAAAGAAGUUGAUCCAGAACCCGAAGCAAGUUUAAAUAAUGUGACGGAGGAAUUGAGAAAAUCGACACGUGAUAUUGAAGAGGACGAGAUCAAGAAGAAGGACGGUAUUUAUGGAAAACCUCGAGCACAAGACUCCACACUCAAUAUGCAACAACAGUAUUCAAAAAAUUCCUAUGGCCAAUAUGGACACUCUUAUGGUUACCAAGGUGGACAACAAACGGUUCCACUACCAGGACAACUUCAGUCUCCGUCUCAAAUUCAACCGAGUUUGCCGGGACAAAGUGCACAACUUCAUGUGACUCAUCAUACACCACCAGGAGGAGUUCAAAUGGCUCAUCAAACACAAAUAUCUGGUUUUGUUCAAUCCACAAAUGCUGGACAACCGGUUCAAAAUGUAAACAGGGAAUACGUGGUACAAGGAACUGGUGGUAUGAAUCAGAAUCAUGGCUUGCCAGUGAUGAAAGUCGGUCUAUUGCUACAGCAAUCAUCAAAUGCGCAUCAGUCAUCGCAUCAAAGUUACCAAAGUCCUCAGCAGCUACUGCAUCAGAGUCAACAUCACCAAAGUCCACGAUUCGCUCAACAGCAUGCUCAAAAUAUGCAUCAGCGUCAGUUAAUUCAACAGAUGCAUCAACAACAACAACAGCAGCAGCAGCAGCAGCAGCUUGCUGGUGGACAACAAACAAAUUCUCAUGCUUUAAGAACACAAAACAGUCACUUUCCAGGAAAUGUUUCUUAUCAGCAAUUUCAGCAGGCUAGACAACCUAUGUCCAGAUCUCAGAUAGACUUACCGAGUACCUCUAGACAAACUCAGGAUCUCCGAGUGUCCGGACAGGAAAUUUACUAUCACUACGCUCAAGGAAGACCCAGGUAUGGAGUGCCUCAAGUUUACAUGAAGCCCGAAACGCCAAAUCAGGAGGUUGAAUACCAAAGGCAAAACACCACCAAGGGAAUUGAGAAAGCUGCCUCUCAACCACAUUUAUCAUUUGAAGAAGAACGACUUGGUAAUAAUGAGAGCUUCACUCAACGCAACAAUAAUUCCACCGAACCAAUGAAAAUCAGUGCCUCUGUAGAUCCAUUGGACAAGGAGAAAUAUGAAAUCACCGUCGAGGAACAUCAAAUGGAUUUCGGUAGAAGUGGAUCACAGAGAAAAGAUGAAUAUCGACCUGAGACAAGUUUUGGAAUACGUCGUGAAGAGGCGCGAUCAUCAAAAAGAGAACAGGAUCAUCAUCAUCAUCAUAAUAAUAAUAAACAACAAGAUGCUCAAAAUUCUAAUCAAACAUUAUCAGUACAAAAACGAAUAGAGGAACUUCAAAAGAAAAAUGAACAAGACGGUAUUUAUACAGCGAAACUUUCUAAAGAGGGCAGUGAAAAUGAAGAUAUAAUUCGAAAUUCGGGACAAAAAAUGGAUAUUACAAAAAGAAUGGAAAAUUCACAAAUUAUUAAUAAUAAGGAGAAUUAUAUGAAAAAUGAAACAAGAAAUAAGGAUGAUAUUGAACAUGGAAUUGCAAGAAUGAAAAUUCAGGGUCAAGGUUCAGGUUCUGAUUACGAUAAGGCAGGUCAGAGUUCAUCAAAUGUGGAUUCUGGCAGAGGAUCUGCUGUUUAUUCAAGCGGAAGACGACCACCUCCCGAGAAUCAAGGACACGCUCAAGGUCAAGAUUCUGAGUGGGUGGAUAUUGUGGAAUCAGAAUUGAGAAGCAUUUUGGAGCCAAGAGAUGUUCCGGCAAUGGCGCACUCCACUUUAUCCGAAAGUGUGUCGUCUGUAACACCUCCCUUGCCUCCUUUAUCGCCCCAUGGCAGUCCUAGAACUCCACGAAAUAGAUAUUCAGCAAGCUUACCGUAUGGAUCAAAGCCAAACUACAAUGAAUAUAGUAAAGGAUGUGACAAAAGAAACUACCCGAGCUCCUCUAAGCAUCGUGGUGCUUCAACUUCAAAGAAAGAUUCUACGAAAAAGUUCUCUCAUUUAUUCGGUGUGGAAGCCGCGGAUUUAACAUCAACAACAACCGGGCUCGAUUUAGAUUCGAUGCUAGACAGAAGUGAUUCUGACCUGAGUACAAAUGAUGCAAGGACAAUAAGAAAACAAUUGGAGGGUCUGGAAAAUAUGUAUAGCGAAGUUUUAAAAUUACUUGGCGGAAGUGUGAAGAAAAAGCGAAAAUCAAGAGGACUCACCAGUUACGGCUCAGUUUCUUCUCUUCCAACUUCAUCAGUUUCUUCCAGACCAGUGACAAGGCAUCACGACAAACGAAGAUCACACGCUAUGGAUGACAGAAUGAAAAAAGUUAAAGAUAUUAAAAGUAUCAAUAAACGCUUUCAAAGGCUAGAAUCUCACGUGGUGACUCUGGCAAGAUCCGUAGCGCAUCUGAGUUCUGAGAUGAGAACACAGCAUUUAAUGAUGCAGGAAAUGGAAAACAUUAGGGGUGAAAUUGCGGCUUUAAGAACUCAAACGAGCAUGGCAAUGGUGAGAUCACAGUCUCAGCCUCUCAUCAAGGAUUCGGAAUUGCCAGCCCUCUCGAAUCCUUCAAGGGUGAAAAAGCUCACCAAGUUUUUUGGAACAGAACCGCCACUCAUCAGGCUUUUUCUCCGGGAACUAGGAAAUACGCCGGCGCCUUCGAGAAAGAAAGAGUAGGAAUGGUUGAAUUACCCUACUUGAGCGAAGAAAGGCUGCAAAAGAUGGGUGUCCCAUUGGGACCAAGACUGAGAAUUUUGCAAGAAGCGAGGAUAUCCGUACUGAAAGAUCCAGUGUACGUGGUGUAACCAUGUACCAAAAAAAGACAAAAAAUAAAUAAAUAGAAAAAAGAAUGUCAAAAGGAACUUUUAUAUAGAGAAGUGUCCAGAGAACGAGAGAGAAAGAACAGUGAAAAUAAAGCGCCUUUUUUAUAUUCAAACUGUCUUCCUGUGUUCAACUUCUCUCGAGUAGAAAAGAAAAGUGAAUUUGCCGGAAAACUUAAUCAAAAAAAAAAAAAAAAGAAAAAAAAAGACUUUACAACUUUAUAAACUAAGUGCUAUUUAAAAUGUUAAAUAUCACAAAUAGUUCAAAUAUGUCUUCGCUCAGUUAUCAAACUCUUGUUCAUUUUCUUUAGCAAAAAAUAUUUUCCUAAUUUAAUUAAUUAAUUAAUUAAUUAUAAAUUACAUUAUAAUUUCUUUAAAAAUAUCAUUUUCAUUUCAUUUUUUUUUCUUUUGAGAAACAUUUAAGAAAUAGAAUUCAAAAUUUUUAUUUAAUUUAAUAAUUAUAAUGAUAUUUAUAAUUAAUUAAUUAUUGAUAUCUUCUAAUAGAAUGAAAAUGUAAAAAGUUUCAACAAAAAACCAAGGAUUAAUAGAUAAAGCAUAAAUGAAAUUCAAGAGCGCCUUUGCCAAAGAGCGAUAUGUUUUUGUUGUUAUAUUAAUCGAUUGUUGAAAAAUAUAAUUUGUCUUAUUAUGUAUUAAAAUAGACAAUGUAAAAUGCUGAUUUUUUUUGACAAAAAGCAAAAAAAAACAAAAAACAAAAAAUGUACUUUCUUGAAUAAUGCCAAAUAAUUUCCGACAAGUUAUUUCCUUUUUUGAUAUGAAAUUCUUUUCAAAUGUACAGUGCAAAAAAAAAAUCAUUAUCAAUCGUGAUAGGAAAUAUUUUUUUUUUUUUUUAAUUAUAUUGUUGCGUUGUUUACAUUCAUAUUUAAAGAACAAAUAGUACCGCUAAAUACUCAUAUAAUAUAAGUUUUUCAAAAUCCUACUUUGUAAUAUAUUAAAUUCGUAGGAUGAGGUUUUUUUUUCUUUAUAAUUCUACAAAAAAAAAAAUUAAUCCUAAAAUAUAUGAUUAAUUUGCAUAAAAUAUGAAAAUAAUGAUAAAUGAAAUUAAAAAUACCAAUUAUAAUUAGUAUUUUUGUU